UGAGUGUGCGGUUCAGUUCUGCUGUCACACACAUGCAGGUCCGUCUCUCCCGGCCUGAGGGUUCACUUUUUAUUUUAUAUCUGACUCUGACCGGCUGUCUUUUAACAGUUUCACGCCUCUGUGCCGAGCGACCCUGACCAACUUCUUCCGACUACCAACCUUGUAGCUGCACUGUCACAGCUUGAGCUCACUAGGCGGAAUGGCAUGCCGUCUUCUUCGCAGUUUGGUCCCAGUGGUCACUCUUCAGUACACAAGAUCCGCUGUGAGCGUUGGGAGACUCAUAAAUGUCACAUCACCUCUUUCACUAGGGACAUGUCGCGCCAAGAAGACCUGGCCCAAAAGCUUCUCUCAGGAGGAGCUGAGGAAGCGUUUGACGCCUAUGCAGUACCAUGUCACCCAAGAGAAGGGCACAGAGAGUGCCUUCAGAGGAGAGUAUACAGAGAACAAAGAAGAAGGAACAUACACCUGUGUCGUCUGCGGUGCACCUCUUUUUACGUCAGAUAAGAAAUUUGACUCUGGCUCAGGAUGGCCCUCCUUUUUUGAUCUGAUCAAAGAGGAAUCAAUAACAGUGAUGGAUGAUUUCUCUUAUGGCAUGCACAGAGUGGAGACUAGCUGCAGUCAGUGUGGUGCUCACCUGGGACACCUCUUCGAUGAUGGACCCCGACCUACUGGGAAACGCUACUGUAUGAACUCCGCCUCACUCAACUUCCAGCCAAAAAACAUGGCUGCAUCUGAAGGGGCAGAGACAAUCAAUGCCACAGGCCAGUCAGCAUCCUCUAGUAAGAGUGAGCUUUAAGGGAGAUACCCGUGUAUUUCUACACUGAUUCAAAUCCUUUCAGAUUCACUUCUGGACUUGAUUCUGAUUCAGGUUAGGCCUGAUAUUACAGGUGAGCUUAGCAAUAAGUAGUGUGUAAACAGCAUUAAUGGCCUUGACCGAUAUACCCCCACUGGUCAACUGCCCAUAAAAUACCCCUUGCCUAAAUAAUAGAGAUGCCUGUUAGCUGAAACUGCUCUUCAGGAAAUCUGCUUUUACCAUCUACCAGUAGGUUUGAUACAGUCAUACUAUGGACCAGGUUGGGUGGUUAAUUCUCAGAUAUAGUGGAAUGCUGUAGCUUGAAAAUGAAUGAUAUAUGUGUAUGUUCACAGAGCCUUGUGUUGUUUUUGAAGUGAUAUUUGAUAUCAGGAGGUCAUGGGUUUAAGCAAAAUGCUAUGCAAAGUGCUCAUGUGAGCGGUAAAAUAAACACAAAGUGAAGAACAAAGCAUUCUUUCAAAUAAAAUGGAACAGAUGACAAAUGUUUAGUCUGAACACAAAUGUAGCCUGACUUUUAAGGGUGGGUUUUUGUCUCCCUGCUUGCAGUGCCUCUUUUUCUCCUUGGGUUGAACAUUUUUUGUGGGAUUUAAUUUAUGGGUUGUGUUGACAAGUGUGAUUAAACAAUUACUAAGUAAAA